CUCCAGUCCAAACAACUUUUCCAGAGAAUCUCCAGCACAGCGCGUUCAGCCCAAAAGUGGAGAUUCUGAGUUUGCCUUUCUCCGUAUACGAUAUAUCUCACUUUACAUAUUCAACUAUAGUUAACAACUUCCGUCUUUUUGGUAAAUUAAGAUGAGGAAUCUGCGGUUGUUAGUCCUCUUCGGUCUGGCCAGCGGUUUUAUCAGUGAAAAUGUCUCCUCGCCGACAACCAUCUCCACCACAGAUGAUCUGUACUUAGAGGGCCUGACUUCAGGGGAGCUCUCAAUAGAUGAUGAAGAUGGGGAAGACGAUGACGGCUCUGGAUCUGGAGACUACAGUGAUAAGGAGGAGAAACUCUUCAACGUCUCUCAGACCACAGUCUCCAAAGAACUGGUUCCAAGUCAACCACAGCCAUCAUCAGCUUCUCCUCUCAGCCCAUCAACCAAAGCAACAGUCAGCCAGAACCCAUCCACCAAAGCAACAGUCAGCCAGAACCCAUCCACCAAAGCAACAGUCAGUCAGAACCCAUCCAUCAAAGUUGUCGGUCCAACAGCGGAUUGGUUCACACAGAGUACCAGCCCGAGCUCCACCGCCAUUCCUCCCACUACUCCGACCAAAUUCGGCAGAGACAUCGCUGUAGUCGACCAUGACGACAAGGACAACAGUCUGGAUAGGUGGGUUGUCUCUCCUACCAAAAAACAUGGAGAUGAAACCCACAUCAAACUCGUCGAAAAUGAGAUCCGGGCUGAAAAUGGCCGACAAGGCAGAAUGUGGGAUGAGGUGGAAACUCCUGAGGAGGUGACCUCUGAGAACAUGUGGGAGAGGAUGGAAGUGCUGGCAGCCGUGAUAGCUUGCGCAGUGGUUGGAUUCAUCUGUGCCGUUUCCCUCCUCCUCCUCCUCGCCUACCGUAUGAAGAAGAAGGACGAAGGUAGCUACGAGCUGGGAGACACCAAAAUUUCCACAACAGCCUAUCAAAAAGCACCCACCAAAGAGUUCUACGCCUGAAGUGACCAAUAGGAACAUUACGCAGAGUCUUUCUCCUCUCAAUCGCGACUGAGAAGGAUUUAUAAACAACUGGAAAGGAAUCCUGUGGAUGAAUUUUGAAGUCAGGCACCUCUGUUCUUCUUCAAUGCUCCCACCAUUUAAAAUGUUCACGUCUUGCUUUAUGAUUGGUGUUUGUGGGGGAAGAAAGGUCAUGCAUAAAAAUCAAUAAGUACACAGCUUUCAUUUCAACAAAGGAAUCUGUUCAGAGUGGAUGAUGAGCAGCGUUACUUCUCUGUGCUGAACUACACUCUGUAGGACUUGGUUCUGCUUUACGGACAAAUCGAUUGUCCCAUUCAACAGCUACAGUCUGAACUGUCCCAGCUGUGCGUAACAACGAUGAAGUUCAAAGAAACGUGUGUGUGUGUGUAUAUAUAUAUCUGUAACACUCAUUGCUUUUGCAAUGCUUUUAUUUGGAACGAUACCACACAUGGGGUUAAUAUUAA